AUGGCCCCCACCCCCGCCCCCAAGGGUAACUACGGCCCACCCCCUCCCCCCCAAGGGACACUAUGGCCCCCCACCCCCGCCCCCAAGGGACACUAUGGCCCCCACCCCCCGCCCCCAAGGGUAACUACGGCGCCCCACCCGUUCCCCCUGCCGGUCCCCGUCCCUUCAGGCAACUACGGGCCUCCCCCAGUCCCCGUCGCCCCCGUGCCGGUGCCCUCCGAUAACUACGGCCUCCCCCCAGUCCCCACUGACAACUACGCGCCCCCACCCCUUCCCGUCGCCCCUGUGCCAGUCCCCACUGACAGCUACGGCCUCCCCCCAGUCCCGCCGCCCCCGUGCCAGUCCCCACUGACAGCUACGGCCUCCCCCCAGUCCCCGCCGCCCCCGUGCCAGUCCCCGCCGCCCCUUGCCAGUCCCACUGACAGCUACGCCUCCCCCAGUCCCUCCGCCCCCGUGCCAGUCCCCACUGACAACUACGCACCCCCACCCCUUCCCGUCGCCCCUGUGCCAUUCCCCACAGACAACUACGGUGUUUCCCCCGCCCCUAUCGCCCCGCCCCUGCCCCUGUGGCUCCCGUCCCCUUCCCCACGGGGAGCUACAAUCCCCUCCUUCCCCCUCGGCCCCCCUGCCUGA